GGCAGCGGAUUAGAGGAAGAUGGGAAACAGAACAGCAAGCUGAGGCCCGAGAUGCUGACCGAUUUGAGGGAGAACACAGAAUUCAACGAGCAUGAGUUACAAGAAUGGUACAAGGGCUUUCUUAAAGAUUGUCCUAGUGGACACCUAACCGUGGAAGAAUUCAAGAAGAUAUAUGGCAACUUUUUCCCUUACGGCGAUGCGUCAAAGUUUGCAGAGCAUGUAUUCCGCACAUUUGACUCCAACAGCGACGGCACAAUCGACUUCCGUGAAUUCAUCUGCGCCCUGAGCGUCACGUCGCGAGGGAAGCUGGAGGAGAAACUGAAAUGGGCCUUCAGUAUGUACGACUUGGACGGCAACGGAUAUAUAUCAAGACAAGAAAUGCUAGAAAUUGUACAGGCGAUCUACAAGAUGGUCGGCACAGUGAUGAAGAUGCCCGAGGACGAGUCGACGCCCGAGAAGAGGACAGACAAGAUCUUCCGACAGAUGGACGAGAACCUGGACGGCAAACUUUCCCUGGCUGAAUUCAUCAAGGGGGCGAAACAGGACCCCUCGAUAGUCAGGCUUCUCCAAUGCGACCCUAGCGGGAGCGCUGUGACGAAGUGAGACCGUCUCCCGCCCCCCUUCUGUAAAUAAGCAAAAGUAUGGUAGCUGAGAAGAGAGGAUAUUAUUAAAAAAUGAGAGAAAAACAAAGGAGUUGGGUACGAAUUCUGAGAGAAAGGAGAACAACAACAAU